AUGACAAUCCGCGAGGACGUUGUGGCCUCUGCGGUCAGCUUCUUGCAAGACCCCAAUGUGGUCUCUUCCCCCCUCGAAAACAAGUUAUCAUUCCUGCGAUCGAAGAAUUUGACGCAGGAGGAAAUCGAUAUCGCAUUUGCGAGAGCCGGCUUGCCGACAGCGCCUGUUCCUGCUUCAUCUCCGACAUCACCACCGCCCUCCGCUCCCGUCCAGCAGCCCCAACCAUACUACGGACAAUACCAGACGCAACCUUACGGAUGGCAAGCACCGCCGGAGGUUCCCAAGAGGGAUUGGCGAGAUUGGUUCAUCAUGGCCACCGUGGUGGGCGGAGUCAGCUACGGCUUAUAUACUGUCUCUAAGCGCUAUCUCUACCCCCUAGUCUCGCCCCCGACGCCGGAGAAAUUAGAGCAGGAUAAGGCGAUGGUAGACGAGCAGUUCGAGAAGGCUUUCUCGACUCUCGAGCAGCUAUCAAAGGACACAGAGGACCUCAAGGCCUCGGAAAGAGAACGUACCGAGAAACUCGACAAGGUGCUGGAUGAGCUGGACACGUUCAUGCGAGAUACCAAGUCCGCAAGCCGACGGCACGAAGACGAGACCGACCGACUGCGCGAGGAGAUGAAGGCCCUGAAGAGCGUCAUCCCCAAGUCCAUGGCUGCGAACAAGGAGUUCACGGAUAACCGACUGAAGGAGAUCACGACCGAAGUCAGGAGUCUGAAAUCUCUCAUCAGCCAGCGGAUGGGCAAUUCCAGCGGCACCAGCAGCGGCAGCAAUAUCCCUGCCCCGCCGUCCGUCACCACGAACGGCUUCCUCAAGCCCAGCGCCGGCGCUACCAACGCAGCGUCCACCGCCAGCGGUUCUUCGAGCCCGGGCGUGGAAGGUGCGCUAGCCAAGGAUCUCGGCGACACGAAGCAGGCGGUCCGAGACGAGACCUCGCCCCAGAGCAGCAGCACUAGGCAGGACUUCUUCUCGACCCGGACCUCCCCCUUCGGCAGCGGCAUGGCCACUCCCAAGGCCUCGAUCCCCGCGUGGCAGCUCGCCGCGAGCAAGUCGGACGGCGCGGCUGCAGGUAGUUCGCAGAACGAAGCUGGCUCUAGCUCUUAA